AUGCAACCCGCGCGACGCACAGUGGCCACCAGCGGCCGCCGACAUUUCGGCCGGCAGUCGAGCGUUUGUUGUGGAACGAGGCGGAAGAAGCGGCAGCAGCCAACACUCUCCCAGCGAGCACGCAGACGCAGCUUGGUCGACGCCCGCGCCAAAAUGUCGUCCGCUUACGGAAUCGACCCCAACGACCCCGAGGCGCAGCGGGCGGCCACCAAGAUCCAGGCAGUGUUCCGCGGCCACAAGACGCGCAAGACGAUGCGCGCCGGCGACGCGCAGGACCAGAACGAGCCGACAGAGGCCGAGCUCGCUGCCGAGUUCCGCGCAGACGACAAAGAACUCUGCAAUGCGGCUACCAAGAUCCAGGCGCAGUUCAGAGGUCACAUGGCCCGGAAGACAACUCCAAAGGAGAAAACCGCUGAGGACCUCAGCAAGGAGAUGGAGAAACUAGACGCCAAGGAGGAGGUGGACAUCGACCUGACGGACCCGGAGCUGCACAAGGCGGCCUCCAAGAUCCAGGCGUCGUUCCGCGGCCACAAGGCCCGCAAGGAAGGAGACCCCAAAGAGGGCGGCGACGACGGCAAGGCCGGCGACUCCGGUGGCGCCUCGCAGUGAGCGCGCCGCCCCCGCGCCGCCCGCCGCCCCCGCAGCUGCCGCCCCCGCCCCCACCACCGCCGCCGCCGCGCCGGCUGGUGACCGCUUGUUACCUGUUCGCGGUCACCGCCCUGCGCCGCCGCACCGCCUCCGCUACCUCCAGACUCCCCCACAGGUCCGCACCGGGCGCUCGGAUGCUGGCGAACGAGAUGCUGCCAACUCACGUCGAGUCACUCUCAGUCACGAAUCUCGAGCCUAAAACGGGAGCAUCGCAGAACCAAUCUACACACGCAUUCACAGCCCUCAGUAACACUGUCAUAUGAAGAACGCAUACAGAAGCUGGGUCUUUCAUAACCACUCAAUAUGUUAUCAACAUUGUUUCAAUUCCAACUACAGUCUCAAUAUAGGAUCAAAUCUGCAAUACAGGACAAUAUUUUUUGUGAAAGCUCUCGUUCGUCAUUAAAGAUAUUAGAAUACCGCCCAAGUUUGGUAGUGAAUGGAAAACAGCAGUGACUAAUAUCUCUGAAUGUCAAGGAAUUGAAAUGGAGAAGUAGCUUAUUUUGUAUCAGGCGCCAAAUCUUUCCGACGUUUUCCUAAGUGUUAAGGUCGGUAGCGGAGACGAGUAUUUCGAGGCAGCAGCGGGGCCUCCUCCUUGUGUAUUAUUUACUAACCCAUCCCAGUUUCAUCUAAAAGUCACUUCUUUUCGUCAUGGAGCAUACUCUUCCCUCGAUUGGGUGUUCACCCAUAGCCGCACCCGUCAUUCGAAGUAGCGCAAAAAAUUAAACAGCUAUUAAUAACUCAAAUAGUAACGCUCGUUCCUUGUUUCUUUAGUUCUCCACCAUUACGGGGCUAUGCUAAUUGGUGGUUGAGACGCCUGCAACUCCGGCCUCCAAUUUGUAUUGCCCUCGCAGAAAAUCCUAGAGUGCCAGUAAAAAUUCAGAAAACCCAAUGUACCUACGUGAACAGGAAUACUUGAGAAACAUUUAUGUACCUAAACCACAGAACAAACACUAUGCACUUGCUCAAAAAGGGAAGAGUGCGUUACACGACACAAUCUACUUGUUAUUUAUAUACAAUAAACUUAAACUUCAUUCAUCAAUAUUAAAGAAAGUAAGACAUUUCUCAUGUACUGUAACAAAUAACAUAGAUCUAUAAAUCUCUAAUGACUCUGUACUAUCAACUACAUUUCUUUGUGCUUCUAGAGCAUUUCUAAAUCUUCUGGUUUGCUCCUUCGGCGCUUAUAGAGGCUUGUACAGCAGUUUCUCUUUCUUCGAUGGAAUAAAUGAACGCUAUUUACAUGAAAAAAUUGCAAUCAAGAACAAAUACGAGAGGAGGCUGUUCCAUACUUCUCUUUCAGAAAGAUGUUCAUAAAUUCAUGGACUCGUUUGGCACCUAAGCAGCAGCAGGUAAAAAGUAUAAAGAUUUCGAAUAGCUCUAAUAAGUUGGAUAAUAAAUAUUUUACUUGACUCGUUCCGUUCGUUCUUAUAACGCAUUAUAGCUUAGGGCUACAUAGAAGGCUAAUGAGGCAAAUGUGCAGAAUAAAGAAUGAGUUGUAAGAAUUUUUGAAAACCGUUGAACAAACAGUGAAGUAAAUAAACUUUCGAGAUAUUCAUGAUUGCUAUUCAUAAGAUUAAUUUCCUAAUGUUAAUAUUGCAGAACUAAUAAUAUUGUUAGUCGAAUUUUAAUUCUAUUGAAAGUUAAAGUAACAAGUGUUGUGUCUUUCAUUAUGCUUUAUCACAUCACUGUACGAUAGGGGAGAAAAGAAGGAAUUAAAUCAUGCAACAGGCAGUAUACAAGGUAUGAAAUAUUAUGUCUUUGAACAAUUUGGAGAUUGAUAUUGUUCUUUGUAAUACACAAAUAAAGUAAAUAAACAUUAUUAUAAAUC